UGUUUGAAAACUUGAAAGAAAACGACGUUUAUUUCGCGCCACUGUUUAGAAGACUUCACGUUUUGCGUUGCUUGAACUGUGAGACCAUGGCGCACGCUGACAGCGAGGACCCGACGAUGGAACGCAACUUCCGCGGCCACCGCGGGACCGUGUCGGCCCUGGCUUUCCACCCGUCCCAGGAGCUGCUGGCCUCGACCAGCGACGACCAGAGCCUCAUGCUGUGGAACUUCCGCAAGACUGUGCGUGCCUUCAGGUUCCAGGCGCACACGGGCGCAGUGACGGACGUGGCGUUUGCGCCGGGGGGCAACCUGGUGGCCACAGCAUCGGCCGACUGCACGGUGCGACUGUGGGUGCCGUCCGUGCAGGGCAGCGUGGACGAGCUGCGCACACACUCGACCACCGUGCGCUCCGUGCACUUCUCCCCGGACGGCAGCAAGCUGCUCUCCGCCUCGGACGACAAGAGCGUCAAGAUGUGGUCCGUGCAGCGCCGCAAGUUUGUCUCCUCCUUCCUGGGCCACACGCACUGGGUGCGCUGCGCUCGCUUCUCGCCCGACGGCCGCAGCGUGCUCUCGUGCUCCGACGACAAGACCAUGAAGCUGUUCGACAAGGCCUCGGGCACGUGCGUGCACACCUUCUGCGAGCUGAAAGGGUACGCGUCGUACGUGCAGUUCCACCCGCACGGCGACUGUAUGGCGGCAGCGAUGUCCUGCGGGGCCAUAAAGUUGUACGACCUGCGAACCCACAAGCUGCUGCAGCAGUACAUGAGCCACCAGAAGGCCGUGAACCAGGUGGUGUUCCACCCGAGCGGCAACUUCAUGAUGAGCUGCUCCGAGGACGCCAGCAUCAAGGUGAUGGACCUGUUUGAGGGGCGCCCCAUCUACACCUUGGAGGGCCACGUGGGCUCCGUCACUGCCGUCGCCUGCUCGGACGACGGCCAGCUGCUGGCCUCCGGCGGCGUGGACAAGCACGUGCUGGUGUGGAGGACCAACUUCUCGAGGGAGCAGCUGGAGAGCCACGGCACGCCCCUGCGCGAGGUCUCGGUGGACCGCGACGCCGUGCAGGUGGAUGCUCUCUCCUCGCUGCCCGUGUCGGGCGACGCCCACGUCGAGGUGACGACGGUGGACUGCGGCGUGCCCCCCGGCCCCGAGGACAAGGAGAACCGGCCCAGCUCCGUGCUGGACGCGCUGCUCAGGCUGAGUGCGCAGGUGGACUCGCUCGCCAGGAGCGUGCAGCGCGUCGAGAGGCGGCUCAGCGCGGUCGAGGCAUCCCUCGCCUCGCGGUAGCGGCGCGUCUCAGCUGUGUGAGAGUCUGUGGCUGGGCAGCUACCUGUUGCAUGUUUCCGUCAGGACCGUGUUGUGCCGUGCUUGUAGGUCGGUGGAAUAUCGUUGCUAUGGAUCGGUCUCUGCCGUGCGGAGGCUGGUGGACGCAGGUGAGAGAUUAAAGAUCAUUAAUGUCAUCAAUAAUUGAAACUUUGUUAGAAGAAAAAAAUACUACGUAAAAUGAUAAAGAUUUCUCAUAAACAAGAAACUCCGUUGCAGUGCCUCGCAGUUCUGGACUGACACUGAGCAUUUUUACUUGUUGGGAAGGGCAGGGGAGUUCAUGUGGAACAAUUUUUUUAAGUGAUUCAAGAAAUGAUUUGGUGGAGGUGAUAGUUUUCUACAUUUUAAUGCGUAUGUGUAUUUACAUUACAGGUAGGGACAAGAUUAUACGGUUAGUUGCGAUAAAACCGAAAUAACGCUGCGAAACAUGUAGGUACACUGUGCAACUCUGAAAUGCAGGUUAAUACACCAUGAAGCACAAAAGUACAUGUUAAAUCCUGAAACCAAGCAGCAGUUUUCAAAACUUAACUUAAAAAGUCACAAAAAAAUUACACUUUUAACUGUAUAAUGAAACUGCUGUGAUAAAGGCAAAAAAGACGUCAAAAAAUUAUACAGCAUCUUGUUAACAUUCAUUAAAUAGUUGAUACAAUAAAGUUUCCCUUUGGCUUCACAUUUCCAUUCAAUUUGACUUGGUUCCAUUCAUGAAAUUACUCUUACCAACUGCCAUAUACUGGGAGCUAGGAUGUUGCACAUCAAUAACAUCAAAAUCUUAGGUCUUAAAAACAAAAUUUGACUAGAAAUAAAACCAAAAAAUUUUGUCUAUACUUAUUGGUAAUUUUUAAAUGAUAAUUUCUGUGUAUAUUGUUUAUCAAUAAAUUACAUUGAAUACCAAUUUUUAUGUUUUCUUUUUUUCUCUCUUUGUACUUGAAACUUGGAGCUGGUAAUGAAUGCCAUAACUUGUAUUUCUACUCGGUACCUUAUCAGGAGCUACCAUGUUUUCUCUCAUAAUCGUCGCACAUUUUAUUCUAAGAUCAAGUUAAGUAGUGGUGCUACGAUUUUGCGGGUAAAAAAAUUUUUUGUUAGGUAAAGUUAUUCAUAAAAACAAAACCUGUUCAUGGAAA